AAAGAAAUGAAAGCGAAAAGAGAAUAGAAUUUUGGUGUAAGAAAGAGUGAGAUAACACGAUUGGCAGAUAGAGACAGACACUUUCGACGAGAAAGAAACGUGUAUGUGACGUGUAGACACCAGGCGAGGUACAAAUACAACCCAGAAGACGUUCACACAUACGAAAUAUACAAAAUAUACCUAGAGUGAAGAUGUGUGUAUAGUGAGUGUGAUUGCCGAAGCCGAACGCCGAACACAAUCCGAAGCUCUGAAACCCAAGCGAGAGUCGAGUCGUGAGGCAUCUAGUAACGUUGGUUAAUGUUAAUGUAGUAACCAUUACCGCGCUGUGUACUACUCAUUUUUUUUCACUCACACUCGUAUUUGUUGUUAAAAAUUAUAAUUCGUUAUAUUUGUUAGUAAUAUAAGCCACGCAUCGACGAUGGCUUCCGAUGAAGAAGUCGAAGAUAAUUACGCGGGGGAAGAAGAAGUUGAUGAGAGCAAUGCUCAGGUAACGGCUGUCAACCCACUGCCCGAAGGUUCAUCUGAUGCUGAAGAUGCUCAAAGACCUGAGGAAGAUGACGAUUACGAACCAGAGGAACGUAAGAAAAAGAAAGGCAAAAAGAGGAAAGCUAGAGGUGACGAUAAAAAAGGAAAGAAAAAGAAGAAAAAGAAAAAAUCUGAUUCUGGAGAUGAAAGCGACUUUGGAGCAGAAGUUGCUGAAGGAGCUGGUGAAGAUAGUGACUAUGCGAGUAAUCGUAAAAGCAGAAAAUCAUCAUCAAGAAAAUCAUCUGGCCACACACCAGCUGCACCUGUACAACAAGAACCAGCAACUGGAAUGCCGACGAUAGAAGAAGUUUGCAGUACAUUUGGUCUUACUGAUGUACAGAUUGAUUACACUGACGCUGAUUUCCAGAAUUUAACAACUUACAAAUUGUUUCAACAACAUGUUCGACCUCUUCUUGCUAAAGAGAAUCCAAAGGUGCCAAUGUCCAAGUUGAUGAUGCUGGUAGCUGCCAAAUGGCGUGACUUUUCAGAACUAAACCCUCAUACACAACCAGAUGCAGAAGUUUCAACGCAAAAUGUUGAAGAAGAAACCAGGAGUGUUAGGCCAAACCGUGGUGCUCCUACUCUAGAAGUAGAAGAAGAUGAAGAUGACGAUUAUGACAGUGAUCGAAAGAAAAAAUCACGUGGUUCACGUGCUAAGAAAGGAAAAAAAGCGUCUAAAGUACCCACACUUAAAAUUAAGUUAGGCAAACGUAAACGUGGAAGCUCUGAUGAAGAAGCAGAAGGUAGCGCUGCAGGCUCUGACAGAGAUUCUGACGUAGAGUUUGAGCAAAUGUUAGCUGACGCUGAAGAAGUACCAGCUGUUGAGAAUAAUACAAAGGGUACUGAAGACGCGGCUGCAGAACCAACAGCUGAGCCUCCAGUUCGCAGGAAGGCUAAAACAAAGAUCGGAAAUAAGUCUAAAAAAAAGAAGAAAACAAAGACAACGUCUAAAUUCCCAGAUGGAGAGACUGACCACCAGGACUACUGUGAAGUGUGUCAACAAGGUGGUGAAAUAAUUCUCUGUGACACGUGUCCACGAGCUUAUCACUUGGUGUGUUUAGAGCCUGAGUUAGAAGAAACUCCAGAGGGAAAGUGGAGCUGUCCACACUGCGAAGGCGAAGGUAUUACAGGUGCCGCUGAAGAUGACGACGAGCACAUGGAAUUUUGUCGUGUUUGUAAAGAUGGCGGCGAAUUAUUAUGUUGCGACAGUUGUACGAGUGCUUAUCAUACGCACUGUCUGAGCCCACCGUUAUCAGAAAUUCCUGACGGUGAUUGGAAAUGUCCGCGAUGCUCUUGUCCACCGAUAAUGGCUAAAGUAUCGAAAAUUUUGACUUGGCGAUGGAAAGACCUUCCAGAUGCUCCAUCAGAAGAGCCUUCGACAAGUAAAGCUACUCCGAAAAAACGAAGAGUCCGUGAAUUUUUUGUUAAAUGGGCUGAUAUGUCUUACUGGCAUUGCGAUUGGAUAAGCGAAUUGCAACUUGACGUAUUUCAUCCACUUAUGUUUCGUAACUACACGCGUAAGUAUGAUAUGGAUGAACCACCUAAACUAGAGGAGCCACUCGAUGAGCACGAUUCACGGGCAAUACGUAACAAACGUGAUUGUACCGACAAUAAAGAGCACUAUAAUAUGGAAGACCGUUUCUUCAAGUACGGUAUCAGACCCGAGUGGAUGAUAAUUCAUCGUAUUAUCAAUCAUCGUACGGCAAGAGAUGGACGUGCCACGUAUUUAGUUAAAUGGCGUGACCUUGGUUACGAUCAAGCAACUUGGGAAGACGAGAAUGCUGAUAUCCCGGGCUUUAAACAAGCUAUUGAUUAUUACUCUGACUUACGUGCUGCUAAUUGCGCUGAUGGACACACCUCAAGAAAAGGCAAAAAAGGCAAAGGCAAAAAAUCUAAAACACGUGAAUUAAUUGAUGAUGAAGAACGUCAGCCAAAACGAUACACUCCACCGCCAGACAAACCUACAACUGAUUUAAAGAAAAAAUACGAACGCCAGCCUGAUUACUUGGAUUGUACUGGUAUGCAGCUUCAUCCUUAUCAAUUAGAAGGUCUCAAUUGGUUACGUUACUCUUGGGGUCAAGGUAUCGAUACUAUUCUUGCUGAUGAAAUGGGUCUCGGUAAAACUAUACAGACUAUUGUAUUCUUGUAUUCUCUUUACAAAGAAGGACAUUGCAAAGGACCAUUCCUUGUUUCCGUUCCACUUUCAACUAUUAUUAACUGGGAACGUGAAUUUGAAACAUGGGCACCAGAUUUUUACUGCGUUACGUAUGUCGGUGAUAAAGACAGUCGUAUUGUUAUACGUGAAAAUGAAUUGUCAUUUGAAGAAGGUGCAGUACGAGGUAACCGAGCUACUAAAAUACGCUCAUCAUCUAUUAAAUUUAAUGUAUUGCUGACAAGUUAUGAGCUUAUUUCUAUUGACUCAGCAUGCUUAGGAUCUAUUGAUUGGGCUGUAUUAGUAGUAGAUGAAGCUCAUCGUCUCAAAUCUAACCAAUCUAAAUUCUUCAGACUGUUAGCGUCUUACAAUAUUGCUUACAAAUUAUUAUUGACUGGUACACCUUUACAAAAUAAUCUGGAAGAAUUGUUCCAUUUGUUGAAUUUCCUUUGUCGUGAUAAGUUCAACGAUUUGUCGGCGUUCCAAAAUGAAUUUGCAGAUAUUUCAAAAGAAGAGCAAGUUAAAAAAUUACACGAAAUGCUUGGACCUCAUAUGUUGCGUAGAUUGAAGGCUGAUGUAUUGAAAAAUAUGCCCAGUAAAUCUGAAUUUAUUGUACGUGUUGAGUUGUCGCCAAUGCAGAAGAAAUAUUACAAGUAUAUAUUGACAAGAAAUUUCGAAGCUUUAAAUCCAAAAGGUGGUGGUCAGCAAGUAUCAUUAUUAAAUAUUAUGAUGGAUUUGAAGAAAUGCUGUAAUCACCCGUACUUAUUCCCCGCGGCGUCCCAAGAAGCACCCACUGGUCCUAAUGGUAACUACGAGCCAAAUGCAUUGAUUAAAGCUGCUGGUAAAUUAGUUCUUUUAAGUAGAAUGUUAAAAAAAUUACGCGAUGAUGGACAUCGUGUUCUUAUAUUCUCUCAAAUGACUAAAAUGUUGGAUAUAUUGGAGGAUUACUUAGAAGGAGAAGGUUAUAAAUAUGAAAGAAUAGAUGGUAAUAUAACAGGUACACAACGACAAGAGGCUAUUGACAGAUUUAAUGCCCCAGGUGCUCAACAAUUUGUCUUUUUACUGUCAACACGUGCCGGUGGUCUUGGUAUUAAUUUAGCAACAGCUGACACUGUGAUAAUAUAUGAUUCUGACUGGAAUCCACAUAACGAUAUCCAAGCAUUCAGUAGAGCGCACAGAAUUGGUCAAGCUAAUAAAGUUAUGAUAUAUCGAUUUGUAACUCGUAACUCUGUUGAAGAACGUGUUACCCAAGUUGCCAAACGUAAGAUGAUGCUUACACAUUUAGUCGUGAGACCUGGUAUGGGUGGUAAAGGUUCUAAUUUCAGUAAACAAGAAUUAGAUGAUAUAUUGCGUUUUGGUACUGAAGAAUUAUUUAAAGAAGAAGAGGGUAAAGAGGAUGAAGCUAUUCACUAUGACGACAAAGCUGUUGCCGAAUUGCUCGAUCGUAGUAAAGAGGGAAUAGAGCAGAAAGAAAAUUGGGCAAACGAGUACUUAAGUUCAUUUAAAGUUGCCUCUUACGUCACGAAGGAAGGUGAAACUGAAGAGGAAGCUGACACUGAAAUUAUCAAACAGGAAGCUGAGAACACUGAUCCGGCAUACUGGAUUAAGUUACUCAGGCAUCAUUAUGAACAACAGCAAGAAGACAUGGCGAGAACUCUUGGUAAGGGUAAACGUGUUAGGAAACAAGUUAAUUACAACGACGGCGGUGUGACGGGUGACCAGGGAGCUCGGGAUGAUCAGCCUUGGCAAGAUAACUUGUCAGAUUACAACAGCGAUUUUAGUGCACCUAGUGAUGAUGACAAGGAGGACGAUGACUUUGAUGAAAAGGGUGAUGGUGACUUGUUGUCUCGUCGUAGUAGACGUCGUUUGGAGCGACGUGAUGAGAGGGACAGACCAUUGCCGCCUUUACUUGCACGUGUUAAUGGAAAUAUUGAGGUACUCGGGUUCAACGCCAGACAACGAAAGGCAUUCCUGAAUGCAAUAAUGCGUUACGGUAUGCCUCCUCAAGAUGCCUUCAAUUCGCAAUGUAGGUUGGUGCGAGACCUACGGGGGAAAUCGGAAAAGAACUUCAAGGCCUACGUAUCACUCUUCAUGCGUCAUCUCUGUGAACCAGGUGCCGACAACGCGGAAACAUUCGCCGAUGGUGUCCCACGGGAGGGAUUGAGUCGUCAGCAUGUACUCACCAGAAUAGGUGUUAUGUCAUUGAUUCGUAAGAAAGUACAGGAAUUUGAACAUAUAAACGGUUAUUAUUCGAUGCCGGAGAUGAUCCGCAAACCAGUUGAGCCAGUUAAAUCAGAACCAAACGCUACUGCUCCAACUACCACCACGGUAGCUACAACAACAACAGCAGCAACUACUACAACGUCGACAAUUGCAACUACCAUCACAACAGUUGCUACUCCCGAAACAUCAGGUACACCAACUGCAGCCAACAGCAGCAGCAGCGCAACUCCGGCUACGUCUAAUGCACCCAGUCCAACUUCUACGGCAACAUCAAUGUCGACAGCAACAACUCCGGUGAUGGCGACUACCGUAAACUCAGCCACAAGUGCUGAUAUUAAACCAGCAGACGUUGCUGAAGUUAAAGAAACUAAGGACGAGGUUAAGGAAAAAGAUCCAGAGGAUAAGAAUGAUAUUAAGGAUUCUAAAGAAACAACAGAAGUAACGGAUGAUAAGGAGAAUAAAGAUAAAGAUGACGAUGUCAAGAAGGAAAAAGAAGUUGAAGAAUCCCCAGAUAAAGAAAAAGAAAAAAUUGAAGUUAAGGUUGAGAAAGAUCUAAUAAUUAAGUCUGAAGAAAAGACCACAAGUGUACAGAAAACUAAUGCUGACGCUGAUGAGGAUGUUGUAAUUGUCAAAGACGACGAUGAGGAGGACAAGAAAGAUGAUAAAAGUGGCAUUAAAGAUAAAGAUAUUAAAGAGAGUGAGCCAGAUGUAAAACCUAAACGUAAAUUUAUGUUCAACAUUGCUGAUGGUGGUUUUACUGAAUUACACACUUUGUGGUUGAAUGAGGAAAAAGCCGCGGUACCUGGUCGUGAAUAUGAAAUCUGGCACCGACGACACGACUACUGGCUUCUGGCUGGUAUUGUCACUCAUGGGUACGGUCGCUGGCAAGACAUCCAGAAUGAUAUUAGAUUUGCUAUAAUCAAUGAGCCUUUCAAGAUGGACGUUGGCAAGGGUAAUUUCUUGGAAAUAAAAAAUAAAUUCCUCGCACGGCGUUUCAAGCUCCUUGAGCAGGCUCUGGUUAUUGAAGAACAAUUGAGAAGAGCUGCGUAUCUGAACUUGACUCAGGAUCCAAAUCAUCCAGCGAUGAGCUUGAACGCGAGAUUCGCAGAAGUCGAGUGCCUCGCAGAGUCACACCAGCAUUUGAGUAAGGAGAGCUUAGCUGGAAAUAAACCUGCUAAUGCAGUAUUGCACAAAGUUCUUAAUCAGUUGGAAGAACUGUUGUCAGAUAUGAAAUCUGAUGUUAGUCGUUUACCGGCUACCCUUGCACGUAUACCACCAGUUGCUCAACGGCUUCAAAUGUCCGAACGCUCAAUUCUCAGUCGAUUAGCUGCUACAGCUCCUGGCGCAGCUAAUAAUCAGACUGGGCAAGCUGCAUUAUUAGCUCAACAAUUCCCAGCAGGAUUCUCUGGUGGGCAAUUACAAGCUACUUUUGCUGGUGCCGCUAACUUUGGUAACUUCAGGCCACAAUACUCUGUACCAGGACAACCACCACAAGGUUUUACAGGUAAAUAAUAAUUUAAAAUGCGUAUUAGAGAUUUACGUAGAAAAUUAUGUUAUGUACGGAUCUGUAAUUAAAAACAUUAGAUAUAAAAUAAUAAUGAUUAUUUGUUGCAGCUUAAAUGUAAUUAAAUCGACUUAAUUGGCGAAUGAUUGAUAG